AUGUGCGGUGGAGGUGGAGCAAGGCUGGCUGGCUGCGCUGGUUUUGGGAGGAGGUGCGACGAGAGCCACACAUUAGGGUUACCUAACCCUAACCGUGCGGGCCUCGGAUCGAGUCAACAGGACGGUGGGCCGGGCUUGUUGCCUACUCCUACGGGCCUAGAAGCGAUGGAGGGCCGCGGCAAGGGGAAGGCUGCUGGCUACGAUGGUUGGGCGCCAUAUGCGGACUCGCGAGGAGGCAGGUUGGGUUUCUAUGGGCCGAAAGAGGGUUCGGGCCAGCGGGGUACGGGGCCCAGUGGACUGACCCAUGCCCAACCGGAGCGAACUUGGGCUGGGUAG